AUGAGGUCAAUAGUUUCGGCGCAGACGCGUAAUAUACUUCGAAGUGCUGCGAGAGGAAGUUAUGGGGUUCCUUGCGCUGCUGUGAGGUGGUCGUCGUCGGAGGCAAGGCAAUGGUCUACGCCAUUGGCAAAACAACUUUCUGAAGCUAUCACUGUACCAGCAACUGGACCAAUUCCCUUAGCGUCGUUCAUGCGAAUGUGCUUGACCUCUGACAUUGGAGGGUAUUAUACAUCCAAGCAAGAGGGACGAGACCAGUUUGGGCAGAAGGGGGAUUUUAUCACAUCUCCUGAGAUAUCGCAGAUUUUUGGGGAGCUGAUAGGGAUUUGGUUCGUAGCGGAAUGGAUGGCACAGGGGAAGAAGAGUAAGGGGGUUGAAUUGGUGGAAAUAGGUCCUGGGAGGGGAACGCUGAUGGAUGAUAUGUUACGAACUAUACAAAACUUCAAACCAAUGGCGUCAAGCAUUGAAGCCGUCUAUUUAGUAGAAGCUAGUCCUGCGUUACGAGAAGCUCAAAAGCAGCUCCUAUGUGGAGAUGCCCCCAUGACAGAAACGUCAAUUGGGCAUCAGAGCACAAGCAAAUAUGCAAACAUCCCUAUCAUAUGGACAGAAAACAUACGUUUCGUCCCAUCCGGCGAAGACAAAACCCCAUUUAUAGUAGCCCACGAAUUCUUCGACGCUCUCCCCAUCCACGCCUUCCAAUCCGUCGCUCCUACGCCCUCACCCCAAGAAACUACAAUCAAAACCCCUACCGGUGAACACGCCCUCUCCCCGUCCGCCCAAAAGGCAAAUGCAAAUGCAAAGCAAACAGGUCCCCAAUGGCGCGAAAUGGUCGUCUCACCAGCACCCCCACCGUCAACAACAACAACGACAUCAAAAGACCAACCCCCAGAAUUCCAACUCACACUUAGUAAAUCCUCAACACCACACAGUCUCUACCUCCCCGAAGUCUCGCUCCGUUACAAAGCCCUGAAAUCCACCCCCGGCUCACUCAUUGAAGUAAGUCCCGAAUCACACGCCUAUGCUGCCGCCAUCGCCUCCCUCAUCGGCAAACCCAGCUCCGGCGCUGCAUUAAUCCUAGACUACGGCCCCGCGGACACAAUCCCCAUCAACAGUCUACGCGGCAUCAAAGGCCACAAGCGAGUCAGUCCACUCAGCGAACCAGGCCUCGUAGAUCUUUCCGCCGACGUGGAUUUCGUGGCUCUCGCAGAAGCGGCGUGUAAAGCGACUGAAGGUGUGGAGGUCUGGGGACCGGUGGAGCAGGGGGGGUGGCUGGAGGGUAUGGGGAUUAGGGAGAGGGCGGAGAUGUUGGGUAAGGGGCGUGGGGGGGAGGAAAAGGGAAGGAUUGAGAGUGCGUGCAAGAGACUUGUUGAGAGGGGGGGUGGGGGCAUGGGGAAGGUGUAUAAGGUUUUGGCUAUUGUGCCGGAGAGUGCGGGGCGUAGGAGGCCGGUUGGGUUUGGGGGUGAUGUUGAGGGAUGA